GAGAAAUAUCCAGAAAUUCAGCAGAUGAGAAGUAAGAUGCGAGAGGGAGAUGAUACAAAUGAAUUUAAGAUUCGGCCAUUGAAGGGGCUAAGCCACCCUUCUGGAAAUUUGCAGAUGCAACGCUUCCAGGAAGAUAGAAGAGAGAGAAUCCACUCAAUCAGAAAAAGAGAGAAUCAAGAUGGAAGAUUAGAUCUGAUUGGAGUUGUGGGAGAGAUAACGGUUGUGGUUUGAUGGUAGUUGACUAGUGACGGUUGUGGUCUGAUUGAUGUUGCGGAUGGUGGUGGAAAGUGAAUGGGUUUAAGAUAGAUGAUGUUGUUUACGAAGAAGAAAAGCUUAGGAAAGUUGUCUUCACAAUGAAAGGCUAA